AUGCCUGUGGAACGUAUGCCACCGCCACUUUCUGCACGGUGGGAAGAUGAUAUGGAUGUGGAUGCGUGCAGAAAGUGUCAGCGAAAGUUUACACUGUUCUUCCGCAAGCACCAUUGCCGACGGUGCGGUCGAAUUUUUUGUGAUGCUUGCACGUCUCAAAGGGCGCAAUUACCAGAGGACGUGCAUGUAACCGAUCCUUCAAGCCCAGAUAUGUUGGAGCUGGAAAGCGGGUACUUUGUACGUGUCUGUGACUGGUGUGUCGACGAGUACGACAUCGUGACUGAGUCUGGAUCCACACCCUCUUCUGACGUGAAGCGUCCGUUCCUAUCUCGAAUUAUUCGUCUUUCCCCAUUCACUAGCACGGCUAAUUCUCCCGCCUCGUCUUCGAAUGAGUCAGGUCUGAAUGCAUCAACGAGCGUCCUUACCGAGUGCCCUGUAUGUGAUCUUGAUCUAAUGUCUCUCUCAUCGACCGAGGAACGCGAGCGGCAUGUAGCAGACUGCCUUGAGCAUGGUCCCCGGUCGAACUGGGCACGUCGCACAAAUUUUCUCGUGUCGAGCCUGACAAAUGAUUCUGCUCUUAUCGGCAAGGAAUGUAUCAUCUGUAUGGAUGACUUUACGUCAAACGAUCGCAUUGCACGCCUUGCAUGUUUGUGUUACUUUCACGCCGAUUGUAUUCGUCACUGGAUGGAAAAGGGCCAUGCAUGCCCUGUGCAUGCGAACGUUUCGGACGAUGCGUAA